UCUAAAAAACGAGAUUUUGAUGCUUGAGAAGAAUUUGAUUAAAUCGUGAUGAUUAUAAGCGGUGGAGAGAGUGAUAUUGAUGUAAAGGAAGGAUCAGAUUCAGAUGAUGGAUGUAGAGAGAUCAUCGCUGUGCUAUUUCGUGGUGAAUUUUCUACUUGAAGAGAAUUACUUUUAAACGACAUUUUGAAUUGCUCGACGAGUUAUCGGUUAGAUCCUGAUGUUGAUAAACGUGGAGAUCGAAUGAUGUAACGGAAGGAUUAGACUUAGAUGAUGGAUGUAGAGAGAUCAUCGCGGUGCAAUUUCGUGGUGAAUUUUCUACUUGAAGAAAAUUACUUGUUAACGGCGUUCGAGUUACUCCACGAGCUUCUUGAAGAAGGUCGUGACGCUCAAGCAAUUCGUCUAAAGGAAUUCUUCUCCGAUCCUUCUCAUUUUCCUGUUGAUCAGAUCUCUCGCUACAGCUCUCUUGGAGUUGCAGACCCCCAAAGUUUGCUAGAAGAGAAAGAAGCAAUAGAAGAAAAGUUAACACUUAGGGAUUAUGAAUUGCGUUUAGCUCAAGAAGACGUUACGAAACUGAAGACCGAGUUACAAAUGAAAUCAGCUUUCUAUCUGGAUAAAUUGAGUGAAUCAAGUUUGAGCAAUAACAAAAAUCAUGCACUGGAAUUCCAUCGGCAAAAGAAAGAUGCUCUUUUCUCUACUUUAGGCCCGUUGAAGGCUAAUGAGCGUAAAGAUCUAAAUUUUGCGGUAAAGGAGUAUUUGCUGAUAGGUGGAUAUCGAUUAACUGCAAUGACAUUUUGUGAAGAGAUUACAGAUCAGAACCUAGAUGUUUGGGAAAAUUCACCAGCAUCUGUGCCUGAUGCCUUACGCCAUUACUAUUAUCAGUACCUGUCUUCAAGUUCAGACGCUGCUGAGGUAGGCAAGCUGUUUCUUACUAUUCGUACUAAAUAAUACAGAAUAUUUUUCAUUUUUGAACAUUAUAGCUGUUUUCCUUUAUUGUUGUUGACUUUGCUUUAUGAGUAACAGUAUCAUUUGGUGUCGGCUGCUUUCUUUCUUGCAUUUCUUGGGUUGCAUUUGUCAAUAUAAAAGCCCUGGGUGAGUGCAAUAAAAUAAACUUGGACUGUCAAUUGCGAUAUUCAUU